CAUGGCGACUCUCGGCGGUAGUCGCGGGGAUCGUCUCGGCAACUCCAAUCAACAAAAGUCCUCUUUGGCAUCUCCGGAGAAAGUUCGUGAACUUCUUAAUGACGGCGUGUCACCGACAGCUAUCGGAUCCAUCAGUGGACAAGGGCAUUUAAAAGUCCUGGAAGUCAAAAGCAACACUCAAGCACCCUGUGAUGCAACAAACAAAGAAGCUUUUUUCUCAAGAGUGGAAUCCUAUUCAUGUUUGAAAUGGGCAGGCAAACCUCGCACACUUUCCCCCUUGGUGUGCGCCAGAUAUGGCUGGAUCAACGUCGGCUGUGAUAUGCUCAAGUGCUCCAGCUGUCAGGCUUUCCUCUGUGCAUCACUUCAACCAACUUUGGAUGUCGAAAAAUAUGAAUCCCGCAUUGCAGAGAUAUUGGGUCAGCUUCAGACGCAGCAUGAGAAGUUUUGCCCGUGGCCUGACUUUCCAUGCCCAGAGCGGUUCUGGCUGGUCCCAGCCUGUGAACCACCAGCUCUUCUCACCGCCUUCUUAGAGCGCUUUCAGAGUGCCUGUCUGCUUGCACAUCAGCUGCCAGCCAUGAAGCCAGAGCAGCUGAAGUCUAUGGCCCUGACUGAGGAUGUUGUCAGUGUUGUUCUGCAGCUGAUCGAGGAGGAGCAGAAAAAAAAGGGAAAAACUCAAAGCACCGAACCUUUGGCUGUCCAGGUGGCUGCUUGCAUUGUUUCUCUAUGUGGCUGGGCAGCAAGCCCAGCUCUGAAGGCCAUGAACCUACCCAUCCUCACCUGCUCCUACUGUAUGCGUAAGGUGGGUUUAUGGAACUUCUACCAGAUGGAGGGUAUGGGAGGGGGAGGCGAUGAAGAUACCUCAUCAAACACUGGAGGCACCCCUGCUCCAACAACAGUUACUCCCUCUGCAGCUACACAUGAGGGCCAGGGGGACCAGCCUUCCUCUACUUCAUCCACUCCAGCUACAACUCCCUGCCGUAUGAAGCUGAGGAGCCAGGACACCACUCGCUCUGAUCAGGGUGAAGGAACAUCGUCCCCUGUUGGUUUGCGAGCUCGAAGCAGAGACUCACCAAGUCCUAGUGAAGAACUACCAAGUCCUUUGACGAGAGGUAAAAGGCCAGCAACACGCAAUAAAGGACAAGGGGACAACUCUGGGGCUGAAGGUGCUGCCAGCCUGCAGACCCCUCCUAAACGGCUGUGCCUCUCAACCGUCGGGGGUCCUGAUGGUCUCCUGCAAAAGAAUGCCUUUGACCCCCUUGCUCAGCACAGAGACUGGUGUCCCUGGAUCUCUGUAGGAAAGGAGAACAUGAAUCCAGGGACCCUCCUUUUGGACAGUAGUGCAGGGUUUCAUCAGCAGGGCUGGAAGGCUGCUCUCGAGCUCCUCGUACCAAUGAAAAAGAACUCUAAUACAGCAGGAGGCAGUCUGGCACAGGGCCCUCGUGACAAGUCAAAAAGGGUGUUUGCUAUAUUCCGUCAGUGGCAGGUAUCCUCCUCAGCGUCUAAGUAGACUGUUUUCCAUUCAGAAAGCAUCAAAACACUGAAAUGGUGAACUGGCCUGCCCUCCUCUUGUGGUACAGAGUCUGUAGUACCGAUGACAGGAGUGUCAUAUCAUAUCAUUGUAUGCCAUCCCGUAAAGUCAUGUUUACAGUCUGAAUGUUUCUGGUUGGGGAAAAAUGGGAUUGUGUCUUUAGUGUCUUCUCUGUGAACAGUGAAGUAUGUGAAGGAUGCACAUUUGACACUGGGAUGCACAGACACUGUAAUGGCUUUGUAAGCCUUGUGUGUACAUUAGUACUCUUCAAAUAUAGAACACAUCUUGGCAUUAAAAUUGGCCACAAGGAAGGCAUCUUUUUUAACCUCAUGGACUCUGCUUCAGUAGUUCUUCGUGACAUGAUGGUCUGGAUUUCUGGACAUUUUAGAAACGAGGAAUCACUGAUGGUGAGAAAGGGCCAAAUGGCUUGACACUGGAAAGGCAAUGUUUACCUUCAAUGUGCGUUGAGUCAUUUGAGUAAACAUUAACCUCAGAUAAGCAAAAAAAACUGUGAGGAUGUUCAUUUUCUUUGUGUACUGCGAUGGAUUUAAGUUCUGUUUGAAACGAACAGAAUCCUUUUGGAGUAUUGAAAACUCUGCUUCUCCCAGGCAGAUAGAACCAUGUGCCAUGAACUUCAAACUUAUUUUAAAAUAGAUUCAGAAUGCUUGUACUCUCUUUUUGCCUUUUUGUGACAUUUCAUUGCUAAUGCAGUCUUCUCCAGCUUGCAUGUGCUUAUAUCUCAGUAGAAUUUCCUAAAAGGGUUUAAUAAAAUGAUCUUGUGAAA